UUUUCUCAUUUCACAGUACAAAAAAAGAGUUUCUCGGUUCUCCAUCAUUUUUCAAUCAACCAACGAAAGAAAUUUCAUACAUUUUGGAAACCGAGCUUAUAAGUGCUAAAUUUACUCAAAUAAACAAAGAUAAAUAUUCACCCAACGUUGUUUAACAACAAUUAUACCAAAACUACAAUAAAUUCCGAAUCUAUAUGCCGGAGAAAAUGAGCAGACGCAUGACACCGCGCAGCGCUAGUCGAAGCAUCAGCACUUCACCAGUCAGGAAAAAUGGCAGAAGAAAAACACCAAGCUACUCCCGAAGCCGAUCAAGAACUCCUCCACCACCGCGAAAGAAUGGUGGUCGCCGACGCUCUAAGAGUCACAGCCGCUCCAGAUCAUAUUCACCAAGAUAUAGACGUAGGUCGCGAUCUCGUAGUCCCUGUGCUUCAAAACAACGACGUCCAGGAACCCGGGACAAACCAUUUCAAAGCAGAUGUUUGGGAAUUUUCGGAUUGAGUAUCCACACUGAUGAAUACAAAAUACGUGAUUUGUUUUCAAAAUAUGGGAGAAUUGAACGCAUUCAAGUUGUUUUAGAUGCAAAGACUGGACGAUCGAGAGGCUUUUGUUUCGUAUACUUUGAGGAUUUGAAUGACGCUAAAGUCGCUAAAGACGGUACUAAUGGAAUAGAAAUUGAUGGCCGUCGUAUUAGAGUAGAUUAUUCAAUUACACAGAGACCUCACACUCCCACACCAGGAGUUUAUAUGGGUCAACCAACACGAUCUUACAAAGAAAGAGAAUAUCAUGAUCGAUAUAGAGAAGAUUACCGCAAUAGCAGACGGCGAUCUGGUUCACCCUACCGUGAUAGAAGACGUCAAUAUGAGCGCAGCCAAAGUAGAUCCUAUUCUCCACGACGAUCGCGCUAUUAGAUAUCAUCAAGCGUUACAGAUAGAUCAACAGAAAUAUUAAAUUAUCAUUUAAAACAAGAAAUUCUAUGAUUAAAUUAGUUUUAUUAUUUUUAUUUUUUCGUUAAAAACAAAUGAAUUAAUGUUUUUUU